AUGGCGUCUCUGUUGUGUCCUCGACUGCGGAGCUUUUCGUUGAUCCUUCUUCUAGUAGGUGCAGCGACUCAAUGUGCCGCUUUCACGAUUCCGGUGCAACAGACCAGCACUAGGGCCACAAUCUACAGCAGAAGGAACGAACGCUUUGUCCACUACUUUUGGCGCGGACUCGACAAGACCGAAGAAGACGAUGAGGCAGUUCAAAACAAACCUGUCAGUGAGGAAACCAAAGGCAAGCGAAAACGAGAUCGUCUCAAGACGGAUUUUGAUCGCUUGUUCCUUGGAAGUCCAUCGAUGCAGGAUAUCCUGAGUGGAAACAGCAACAAUAGCAACAACAUUGGGAGCAAAAACCCAGUAGACGACGAAUCUUGGUUUGAAGAGGAGAAGAAAGAAAUUGAGAGUUACUACCAAAGGAUAUACGAUCAAAUGGCGGCGGAACUAGCAGACCAAAGAUUGCACGAUCCUCGUGGAGUCCCAAGUAACGCCGAGGAAAUGCUGCGCGGUGUUCUCAUGGAAGAAAUGAAAAUGGAAAUUGAGACAAAGAAAAAAGCAAGCCUGGGUAUUGACGAUCCGCAAAAUGAAGUGGUCGCAGACUUGUCAGCCAAGAGGCGCAGCGUUGUUAGGAAAAAAUCUGGACCAUCAAGGGUCCAAGAGUACAAGCAGUACGAGUUUGACGCCGUCCCAAAAGCUGGUGGCAACGACGAGUGGUCUUUGGAUAAACUGCAAAAAGAGCUCCAGUCACGCCUUGAAGAGGAGGAAGAUAAAGCUGCCAAUGGACCAGAAACAAUGAAGGAGUGGCAGAUGUGGCAGUCUUUUUCUUCCAAGGCGGGUAUUCUAAAGGAAGCCCAGGAAGAAAUUACGGACAAGUAUCAAUCCUGGAAAGACUAUAUUGCCAAGGAAGAAGCUAUGCGCAAGGAGGCGGGAUUGGCGAGAGGACCCAAGUUGCCGUUUGCGUGGCAGGAGGCAGAAAGGGACCAGGCUAAGAAGGAGGCAGAAAGACUGGCUGCCAUUCAGAACGAAGGACGUGUCAAGUCGCACGAUGAAAUUAGAGAGGAAAUCAAUGAAAAGUCUAUUGUGGCUUUGGAACAGCUCAUACGGACAACCAAAGAUCCAAGUCGUAGUGCCAGGAUGCAAAACACUCUCUUGACUUUACAGCAAGAGUUGGAGGUUUGUCGCCUCGAUGACAGCGGAACUUGCGAGGAAGAAUUGGAAGAAGCAAUUCAAAAUGAGCUUAGUUCAGCGAGUGAUCUCAAAAAAGAGCUGCAGUCGAGUGGCAAAGUGUUCAUUACACCAUCGGAUUUGUCCUUCUCUGAUGCUUACGACGACGAUUAUGAGGAAGAGAGGACUCUUCCAGAGCCGACAACCCCCCCACCUAAGACUUCGUUUUUCUCUCAAGAUGACGACGAAGACGGUUCUGAGGAGCCGGCAUCGACCAAGGGAGAGGGUCGCUUAGGGUACAGUCUGGGAACAAUCGAAGAGCAAAAGCUCCGUGCACAAUUCCAGAAGGCUGGAGCGAAGACGACGGAGGAGAAGGAGGCCUUUCGAGCCCAAUGGGAAGACUUCCAGAAAUACGAAAAGUCCGUGCGAGACGAAUCAGGGCUGUCAGACAACAGUGACAGCGAUAGUGCGGCGGAAGAUGACGACGGAAUUGAUGCUAACAUGGCAGAUUACACGAACGAAGAUGGCGAGUUUGACGCUGCAAAAAUCCUGGCUUCUAUUGGCCCUCGACCAACCAGACGAAAGAGAAAAGGUAAUGAUGGACGUGGUCCGGGUCGUGGAGCCAGUGAUCGAACAGAAGACGAUGAAACAAGCAGCUAG